AUGAUUUCCGUAAGCUACAUCUUGCUCUGCGGACAGUUUCUUUUGUUACUUACAGUUAUUUUUUUACAAUGUUUGGAUGGAAUCCAUUCCCAAAACUCGUCAACCGCUGAAUCAGCUACCGUUUUACCUGGUCCUGGCUCGACAGCACUGCCUUUCUCUGAGCAGACCUCCGAAACGAUCAAAUAUGAAAUUCAAGAGGAAAAUCCGAAUUACACGGAAGUGUUUGAGUACAACGCUCUGUCACCCGUCGUCCUCUGCAGUUAUUUGCCAGAGGAGUUCAUCUACUGUCAGGACCCCGUAGACCAUGCUGGAAAUAACAGCGCCUAUUUGGAGAUGGGCCACGGUUGUGUAGGGUGGGGAGGCCAGACUGAGAAAGAAGUAAACCACACACCAGUUGUCUGCACUGCACUUGAUGACAUCGAAUGUGCUGGGCCCAGAGAAUUCCUGAGAGGGCAUGUACCCUGCAUCAAAUACACCGGACACUAUUUCAUCACCACUCUACUGUACUCCUUCUUCCUUGGUUGUUUUGGUGUCGAUCGUUUUUGCCUGGGACACACAGGGACAGCGGUGGGGAAAUUGCUCACACUUGGAGGCCUGGGAAUCUGGUGGUUUGUUGACUUAAUCCUGCUUAUUACUGGGGGGCUGAUGCCGAGUGAUUAUAGUAACUGGUGCACUUACUACUGA